AGUCGCAGAAUCACUGACGUCUCCUACGGCGCUGUAGUUCCACGUGCGUGUAGCGGUGUGUGCGUGCGCGAUGUUCGCUUUAGAGGACUUGUUGAUUUUAUAGAAAUCUUUCCGAUUAACGUCUUUAGGUAUUAUUCAUGCGGUCAUUUUGCUUUUGUGCACUGGUAUGAUAGUCGCUGUCGGUGUAGUCAGCAUGAUUUAAAGCCCCAUGUUAGCGUGGGAAAUGCAACACUGAACAGAAUUUUGUAAAACUAAAUUAUUGCUCGUUAACGUAGCUUGGUUAGUUCUCUGAUCUGACCGUUGUGCCUUCGUCCACCGUGGCUUAGCAGACCUAAAUGGUAAUUCUUCUGUGAGCAGGUUCUGAAAGGCAUGGCGACAGUUCGGAAGAAGGUCGAUAAUCGUAUUCGCGUCCAGAUCGAAAAUGGAGUCGCACAGCAGCAUCGCACGAUGUUUGUCAUAGUGGGCGACCACGGCAGAGACCAGGUUGUUAUUCUGCACCACAUGCUCUCCAAAGCCACUGUGCGAGCACGACCAUCAGUCCUCUGGUGUUAUAAGAAGGAGCUUGGCUUCAGCAGUAAUCGCAAGAAGAGGAUGCGGCAGCUGCAGAAAAAGAUCAAAACAGGCACUCUAAACCUUAAACAGGAUGACCCCUUUGAACUUUUCAUUGCUGCCACUAACAUCCGCUACUGUUACUACAGCGAAACUCACAAAAUCUUGGGAAACACAUAUGGCAUGUGUGUUCUACAGGAUUUUGAGGCCCUAACUCCCAACCUCUUGGCUCGGACUAUUGAGACAGUGGAAGGUGGAGGCAUUGUGGUGAUUUUGCUGAGGACUGUGAACUCAUUGAAGCAGCUGUAUACUAUGACAAUGGAUGUCCAUUCACGCUACCGGACUGAGGCUCAUCAGGAUGUUGUUGGAAGGUUCAAUGAAAGGUUUAUCUUAUCCCUCUCCUCCUGUAAGACCUGUGUUGUCAUUGAUGAUCAACUCAGUGUUCUGCCAAUCUCCAAGCACAUUGCCAACAUCAAACCUGUCCCACUUAAAACACAGGAAGAUGGUCUGUCAGCACGAGAACAGGAGCUGAAGGACCUGAAAGAAUCCCUGCAAGACACACAACCAGUUGGUGUUCUAGUGGACUGCUGCAGAACCAUGGACCAGGCUAAAGCUGUGCUGAAGUUCAUCGAAGCGAUUUCAGAAAAGACUCUACGGAGCACUGUAGCCCUCACUGCUGCCAGAGGCCGGGGCAAGUCUGCAGCGCUGGGGCUGGCUAUUGCGGGAGCUGUUGCCUUUGGGUAUUCCAACAUCUUUGUCACAUCCCCCAGCCCAGACAACUUGCACACAUUGUUUGAGUUCAUAUUCAAAGGCUUUGAUGCCCUUCAGUAUCAGGAACAUCUAGAUUAUGAAAUAAUCCAGUCUUUAAACCCUGAGUUCAAUAAAGCUGUGGUCAGAGUCAACAUCUUCAAGGAACAUCGACAGACCAUUCAGUACAUCCAUCCUGCUGAUGCUGUCAAGCUGGGUCAGGCAGAGUUGGUGGUCAUUGAUGAAGCUGCUGCUAUUCCCUUGCUUCUGGUGAAGAAACUGCUCGGGCCUUAUCUCAUCUUCAUGGCGUCUACAGUCAAUGGGUAUGAGGGCACAGGACGCUCCCUGUCUCUCAAGCUGAUUCAGCAGCUCAGGCAGCAAAGCAGUGAUAGCCAACAGAGUCUCUCAGCUGAAAACAAAACAACCAACACAGCCAGGCUGGCAGCAGCGCGCUCUCUCCAUGAGGUGUCUCUUCAUGAGUCCAUCCGCUACGCUCCAGGAGACCCUGUGGAAAAAUGGCUAAAUGAACUCUUGUGUCUGGACUGCCUGAGUGUGCCGCGCAUCAUCUCAGGUUGUCCCCUGCCUGAAACCUGUGACCUGUACUAUGUGAACAGAGAUACUUUAUUCUGUUACCAUAAAGCCUCUGAGGCCUUCCUCCAGCGUCUCAUGGCCCUCUAUGUAGCGUCUCACUAUAAGAAUUCGCCCAAUGACCUGCAGUUGCUCUCAGAUGCUCCAGCUCAUCAUCUCUUCUGUCUCUUGCCUCCUGUUCCACCAACACACAAUUCUUUGCCAGAAGUUUUAGCAGUUUUGCAGGUAUGUCUGGAGGGUGAAAUUUCCCGUCAGUCGAUCCUCAACAGCUUAUCCAGAGGAAAGAAAGCGGCAGGGGACCUCAUCCCCUGGACUGUAUCAGAGCAGUUUCAAGAUUCUGAGUUUGGCGGCCUCUCAGGGGGAAGGGUGGUCCGAAUUGCAGUAAACCCAGACUACCAGGGGAUGGGUUACGGGAGCCGUGCUCUGCAGCUGUUGCAGCGUUACUAUGAGGGACAGUUUCCUCCCCUAGAUGAGCGAGAACAGCCAAAUGCCAGUACAAUUAACUCAGUCAGCAGUGAGGCUGUCAGCCUUUUGGAAGAGGUAGUGUCUCCCCGGACAGACCUGCCACCCCUCUUGUUGAAACUGAAUGAGAGGACAGCAGAGAGGCUGGACUACUUAGGAGUGUCAUAUGGUCUCACACCACAACUGCUCAAAUUCUGGAAGAAGGCUGGCUUUGUUCCAGUUUAUUUAAGACAAACUCCAAAUGACCUGACAGGAGAGCACUCCUGUGUAAUGUUAAAAGAGCUGAACACAGAGGAUUCAGCAGGACAGUGGCUGCCUGCCUUCUGGAAAGAUUUCCGGCGAAGGUUUCUUUCUCUGCUGUCCUAUCAGUUCAGCAGUUUUAGCCCCACUUUAGCCCUGAACAUACUGCAGAACAAGAACGUCAAAGAAGACAGUCCAGCAACGCUCACCAGCAUGGAGUUAGCUGCCCAGUUCACCCCAUACGAUCUGAAGCGUUUAGAGAUGUACUCCAGGAACAUGGUUGACUAUCAUCUCAUUAUGGACAUGGUCCCUGUCGUGGCCCGGAUGUUCUUCCUCAAACAGCUGGGCAGUAUUUCGCUUUCUGCUGCUCAGUCUGUGAGUGUGUGCUUGGCUUUAACAGUUUCCACCCACCAGUGUGCAUUUGGGUUUGGGUCUAUGUUUAAUUUUAUCACUCUCUUCCAGGCUCUGCUCUUGGGACUUGGACUGCAGCACAAAGCUAUAGAUGACCUGGAGAAGGAGAUUGAGCUGCCCAGCUCUCAGCUCAUGGGCCUAUUCAACCGUCUCAUCCGCAAGGUGGUACAGUUCUUCAACAUCCUCCAAGAGAAGGCAGUUGAGGCAGAAAUGGUUGCCGUCAAAGACGUUAUCAUGGAGCCAACUAGUCGGCCAUUGCAUGAGGAUCUGGAUGAGGCAGCUAAAGAGUUCCAAGAGAAACACAAAAAGGACAUGGAAAAGAUUAAGGAUAUGGAUCUUUCCCAGUACAUGAUCCGAGGAGACGAUGAAGAAUGGGACCAAGUGCUGAAGACAGCAGGUCACACAGCUAUCGUCAGCAUAAAGAGUGACAAGAAAAGAAAAUUAGAUGGCCCAAAUAAGAAAGACCAGUGGCAAGGCAAGAAGUUGAAGCAAAAUAAGGAUAAAAAGGACAAAUUUGGAAAUAAGGUGUAACUUUUGUAUAAACUGCUCACUUACCUGUUUUGCUAAAUACAUAUAUAAUGUAACAAAAAUGGGUAUAACCCAAAGCCAUUUUUUUAUCUAAAGAAUUUCAGAUUGAUGGUUGAAUUGAGUAGACUGGUUUAGUCGAAUCAUUAAAUAUGGUUGGAUGAUUGGUGGAUGUGCUGGGGGAAAAAAAAGGUUGUUUAAAAGGUUGUGCCUGAAAUGGAAGUGCUUUUUUUAUUUAUUUUUUUUCAUGUUUGACAGCACACUUGGUCAUUCAUUUUUUUGGAUCAUUUGGCCCAUGUACUGUAACUGUAAGAUACACUCUACAAUGAGUGAAUAAACCAUUUGUUAAAAGUA